AGAUGGAUAUUGGCAUCAGUGUAUCUUGACAAGUCGGAGUGCAGGAGCAUUGUGAACAUUCAACCAAAUUCAACAUUUACGUGCAUUUUUUAUUAGCUUUAACCUCAGCCACUGUGUGUGGUUGUGCCAAAAGGUCCUAGAAUGUAGGACAAGGAAAAUGUACCCUAAGGGUUGGUGUCCUGGUGAGGUAGUGUUACAGACUGUCACAGCACUCAUACUUUGGUGUCAGUCUGUUGGAGUCCCUGGAGGGGCUGAGGCUGUGGUAGCCUACAGCACCCAGCACGAUAAUGCCGAAAUCCAAGAUUCCCGAAAUGAAAAGCAACUCAUACUAUUCCCGGAGUUGUGGAAGGAGAUAUUUCUGUGGGGAUUCUUCACCAUGCUGUUCAUUCAUAUUGUGGCCAGUAUCAUUGCAUUUUUGAUGCUUAGGAAACAUAAAUAUGGAAGGUUUUCAGCAGCUUGUAUAUUGCUAAUUGGUAUGUGCACCACUUUUGCAAUGUGUGCAGCUACAAGUGCAGCUCUGGGAUUUGUUCUCUAUCAAGCCAAGAUAAGUCUGCAGCCCAUUGAAGCCAUGAUAUGUGGAUAG